CGUUUAUUUUGUCAAUUUAUGCUUAAGCCCACCUUCGGACAAAUACGCAGUGAUCGGAAAUUGGGAAAAUCAGGAUCCUUUGUUUGUUUGAGUAAGCCGAAGAGGAGGAAGAAAGAGGAAGAGGAAGAAGAAUGAUUUACAGGAAAUGGAGUUUGAUAACGGGUCCAGCUGUUUUGGUUGGCGGCGUUGCAGGCGCUGCUCUUGCCCUAAAUUUUAUCUUCAAACAAGAUCCCUUUGCUAAGCCACCAGAAAAGAAGCAAGGCAAGUAGAAGAAGAUGUUGAGAGGUGAAUUCACAUCCUUUAAAAUGAUGCUAUGCUUCCUCUUGUUGAAUGUUUAUUUUGGUUCUUAAUUUGCACAUGUGUUCUCAAAAUCCGACUCUUUUUCAUGAAUAAAUUUUGAUAACUCUUUGUGGGCUGCA